AUGUUAGAAAAAAAGUUUGCUGACAUUGACAAGAAAUUUGAGAAUGUUUUAAAUAAGAACAAGAGGAAGUUGGAAAAUGCUCAGAUAAAACCCAUACAUGACAAGUUCUUAUUUGCUCAGAAUGGUAUAACAGGUCUAAUCGCACCACCUGGGUCGGGUAAGACUUUCACUUAUCUUAAAAUGGCUGCACAACAACAAGAACUAGAUGAGAAGAACCCAUUCUAUGAGUUAGUUGUUAUUUGUAGUACUUCUGGUCAAUUUGACCAAACCGUAAAUUCGUUCAAAGAUAUUAUAAAAAAGUCUAAGUUAGUAUGUAUAAAAGACUCUGAGUUGUUGGAUUGGAUAAAGAAGUACCAAAGAAGAGUUUUGAAGUACAAUGCUAUAAAUGA